GCGAGAGUUUGCGAAGUCUCACAGUUUCGUUGAUUCGCAGUCGCUGAAAACAUGCUUUUCUCACCGGCUUCUCUCUGGUCAUCGUAAAACUAAGUGUUGUAAAUGGUCCAGUGACACUCGGGUUCAUUGUAGCCCUACUUUUAGAGAAUGUCAGCACUAUCUGGAAUGACGGCUCUCCUCAGCCUCCAUCGAUCACUGACAUUGCAAAGCCGCUUCAUGCCUGUUGCAGCACAGUUGACAUCCACCUACCUUGCCAGGAGGCUUUGCAGCUCUUCUAAAACAAAUGAUGACCCAAAGCCGCCAGGCACCGAAAAUGAAUCUUUGCUGGAGAACCUGAAUCUCAUGGGAGUUGAUGUGAGGAAGGCGCAGGAGCGGCAGCCGGGGGUGUUCCGCAGAGCCUUUACUAAUGAGCAAGGUGUUCAUCAAUUUCUUCAAGGCAAAGGUGCCAGCCGCAAAGUAAUCGCUGGAAUCAUAUCACGUUACCCCCGUGCAAUCACCCGCUCGAUCGCACACUUGGAGCAGCGUUGGGGUCUGUGGAGGAAAAUUUUCAAGACUGAUGAAGAAAUAGUGAGCAUCCUGGAUCGUUCACCUGAGUCUUUCUUCCGCUCCAGUGAUAAUGUAAACUUGGAGAAGAACAUAGCUUUUCUGACCUCACUGGGACUGAGCACCAAAGACCUCCAUCGGAUGCUGGCAACAGCACCCAGAACGUUCUCCAACAGUUUAGAGCUCAACAGGCAGAUGGUGGAGUUUCUGGAGGACAUCUGUUCUGAACUCGGUGGAAAGAAUCCUCCGCUUUUUGCCAAAAACAUCAUAUCCAGAAAUCUUUACAUUCUCAUUAAAAGCACUAAGAGGGUCAGGACAAACAUAGACAUCCUGAGAGCUUCUCUCAAGUUAAGUGAUGCAGAACUGCUUGUUCUCUUUCAAGGCCCUGGGGCAGAAAUCCUGGACCUUUCCAAUGAAUACCUGAAAAGGAAUUUGAACUGUUUAGAGCUGAAGAUGGUUGCACUUGGCUACCAAAAAGCUGACAUGAACAAACUGAUAAUCAGUUAUCCAUUGGUUCUGUACAUUGGGCCAGACACACUGAGCUCUAAGCUGGACUGUCUCCUACAAGGAGGCAUAACAAUAAAGCAGAUAAUAGAAAAGCCAAAGGUUUUAGACUACAGCACACAGAACAUUAAAGGGCGACUAGAGCAGCUGCAUAAGGUGGGCUACGACUUCCAGAGGAAUGGCAUCAACAUCCUGGACUCAAGCAAAAAACGCUUUGAUGCAAAACUGGAAAAACUUAAAGCUUUUCCAGAAGAAUAUAUGUGAUAAUGCUGAAUGUUGCUUAAACUUUACUUCAGAGUAAUCAGGUUUUUCUGAAAAUGUCAUUUGCUGUUGUAGUUCAAGAUAUUUUUCUUCUCUGAUGACUUUUCACUUUCAUUAUGAUUCACUCUGCUUGAUAUUAUUCUUGACUACUUUUUACAUAAAUAAAUAGUGGAACUCAACCGUUCCUUAAACCCAAAUACGCAUCUUCAAAUUGCUUGCUCAAAGCAAUGCUCAAGAAACCCAAAGCUAUUUGAUGAUUCUGAUAACAAACCUAUAAAACCAACCAUGUAAGUAAGACAAUGGGGGCAAGGAAUAUAUUUCAAUUGAAGUUUGUGAUUCUGUCUUGAAAUAAAAUUAUAUUUAUAUAUAUAUAAAAAAAAGUGAUGAGCAAA